AAAAUAUAUACAUGAAUAACAUGAUCGAUUUCCCUCUUUUUUAAGCUCCUUUUAGUAGCGAUACAACCAACGAGUAUUGUCAAAAACUUGCGAUAUUUUGUUUGUUUUUCAAAAAUGGAAAAGAUGAGCUUGUUGGCUUUAGAGAAACCACAAAUGCUAACUGAGGGAGAUGGAGGAAGCUAUGCUAGCUGGAAUACCACCGUAUUUCCUUAUCUUGGCACUGCCAAAGUUAGUGGUGGAUUUCUUACGUUGAAGCCUCGUGGAUUUGCUUUUCCUCAUUAUGCUGAUUGUAAUAAGAUUGGAUAUGUCAUUCAAGGUACUAAUGGAGUGGCUGGAAUAGUAGCUCCUCAGUGUGAGGAAGAGAAGGUAAUGAAACUUCAAAAAGGAGAAGCCAUAUUUGUACACAAAGGAGAAGCUUCAUGGUGGUACAAUGCAGGGAAUGAUGAUCUCAAAAUCAUAUUCUUAGGUGAGACUCAAAAUGCAACAACCCCAGGUGAAUUUACCUACUGCCUCUUCGCCGGUGUAAUCGGCGUUCUGAAAGGUUUUUCUACCAAAACAAUAACCAAAGCUUAUGACAUCACUGAACUACAAGCCAAUGAGCUCCUUAAUAGCCAAAAACAGCCUUUGAUCACCUCGCUCGACGAGGCGAAAACCAUGCCAAAACAUUCAGACUAUCAAAAUUUCACCUUUAAUUUUGACAAAAGCUCACCAGAUAUUGAUGUUAAAAAAGGGGGUUCUGUCAAUUUAUUGACAUGCAGAAAGUAUCCUUCUCUUGAGGGAAUUGAGCUGUCUGGUAAGCUUUUAAAGCUUGAACCAAAUGCAAUGUUUGGACCAACUUAUUAUGCUGAAGAUUCAGGGGUUGAGCUUACUUAUGUUAUAAAAGGGAGUGGUUGGGUUCAAGUUGUGGGGAUGAAUGGACAAAUUGCAUUGGACACUCAAUUGGAGGCUGGUCAGUUAUUUGCUGUCCCAAAGCUCAAUGUGGUCGCUAUAGGUGCUGGUGAGGAAGGAAUUGAGUGUUUCUCCAUUGUUACAACUUCGAGUCCUAUACUAGGAGAAUUAGCUGGGAACAAAUCAAUAUGGAAAGCGCUAUCUCAUCAAGUGCUACAAGCUUCUCUAGACGUUAGCCCCGAAUUGAGCAAGUUGUUCAUAGAAAACAUCAGCAAGACGAGCAUCAUUACGCCACCAUGAGAGUUUAAUCUCGACAGUCUCCUCUAUUACACAUAUGGUAGCGUCUUCUACGGUUCUUUAUGAACCAUCUUAAUAAAUGUUGUCCUCUGCUCUGCAAUUCAAGAUUAAUAAGUACGGUGCUAAACAUAUCAAUGUUUGUAUUAAAUAAAAAAUAUGGAAUUAUAAAGUGAGUGUUAUAGUUGAAAGUGUAAUGAACCUUGACCUAAACUAGUAUUUUGACAUGGGCGAUGCCGCGGGUCAGUUACAAUUAUCAAAUAUAUUAUUAUUUAUAAA